AUGGGGAACCGGUUUUCCUGCUUUCAAGGUGACUCGAAGAAGCCUUCCAAAAAGCAUGUGAAAAGGGAGCCCUGCUCUACCACCACGGUGACUUCUUCGAGCACAAUCAAUGAAAUUUUGAGAAGAUACAGCCUGUACACCACCCAACGUCGGAGGCAUCAUGGCUUCUGGGGAAGGAAGAAGGUACACCCGCAAGAAGCCUCUGAGGAGUCUCCAGCUCUCAAGGACAGAGGAGAUGGAGAUAGGCCGGUCAAUACGAGGGUGAUGCAGGUGGUCCCUCUGAGGUGUGACUCUACUCCCUAUGGGGACCCUGUACAGGCCAUUGCUAACGAGGACGCUGUGCGUGACAUCGCUAAUGACACUGUACGAAACAUCUGUAAUGAGGAUGCCCUAUGUGAGAUCACUAAUGAGGCCGCUGUACACGAUACUAAUCAGCAUGCUGUACAAGACAUCUGUAAAAAAGACGCUGCCAAGGAGCCAUUUAUACUGGAAAACGAUUUGAUUGUGGAGAGCGUAUCUGACGACGAGGAUUUUGCAGAUUUGAUUGUGGAGAGCGUAUCUGACGACGAGGAUUUUGCAGAUGAGGAGGUGGCAAGCAGCCCCUGCCCUCCCCGCGUUGUAGGCCCAAGGUAA